AUAGAAUUAUAGAUAGAUGUGAGCUGUGGAUUUUAUUUUCAUGUAUAGCCUUGCUUGUUAGAUGGCCCUGGUUGACGACUGAGCAUUUACAAGUUGCUGCUGCUUCACCUCUAGUAACUCAGAGAUCAGAAAAUGUGUCGCUUAUUCUGCCUCCAAUAUAAAAGAUACUUUUCAACCAACAUAUCAUCAACCAAUUCACAGAUAGCCUGCUUUGCCCGUUCUGGUCAAAUUGAUGAUGCUCGUAAAGUGUUUGAUCAACUUUCAAAGAAAAACAUUGCUACAUGGAAUGCUAUGAUCUCAUGUUACUUCCAAAAUCACCAACCAAUUGAAGCUCAAAAGUUGUUUGACCAAAUGCCUAGAAGGAAUAUUGUGUCUUGGAAUGGGUUGAUUUCAGGAUACGUGAAAAAUAGGAUGGUAGACGAGGCAAGAAAAGUGUUCGGAAGAAUGCCUGAAAGGAAUGUCGUGUCGUGGACAGCUCUUGUUAGAGGGUAUGUUGAGGAAGGGUUGAUAUAUCAGGCUGAAAGCCUUUUCUGGCAAAUGCCAGAAAAGAAUGUGGUGUCCUGGACAGUAAUGAUGGGAGGGUUGAUUCAUGAUGGAAGGAUUGAUGAGGCAAAAAGGCUGUAUGACAUGAUGCCAGUGAAGGAUGUGGUGUCAAUGACUAACAUGAUUGGUGGGUAUUGUCUAGCGGGGAGGGUAGACCAGGCACGUGAGAUCUUUGAUAGCAUGGAAGUAAAGAAUGUAGUUUCAUGGACAUCUAUGGUCACAGGAUAUGCUCAAAAUGACAGAGUAGACAUUGCCAGGAAGCUUUUUGAGGUCAUGCCUGAGAAGAAUGAGGUGUCGUGGACAUCUAUGCUUCUUGGAUACACUCAGAAUGGAAGAAUAGAAGAGGCAUGGAAGUUGUUCAAAGAGAUGCCUUUAAAACCAACAGCUGCUUGUAAUGCAAUAAUACUCGGUGUAGGACAGAAUGGGGAGAUUGAAAAGGCAAGGGUGGUAUUUGAUUCUACAGAGGAGAAGGAUGGCGGAACUUGGAGUGCUAUGAUUAAGGUUUAUGAAAGGAAAGGCUAUGAAUUGAAUGCACUCGGCUUAUUUCGUUUGAUGCAAAGUAAAGGUGUUCGUCCAAAUUUUCCUUCCUUAAUUAGCAUACUCUCUGUCUGUGCAAGUCUUGCAAGUCUUGAUUGUGGUAGAGAGGUACAUGCAUCAUUGAUCAGAUCCAACUUUGAUGAAGAUGUGUUCGUCUCUUCGGUGUUGAUUACAAUGUAUUUUAAAUGUGGCGAUCUUGUCAGGGCAAGAAGAGUCUUUGACAGAUCAUCUUCCAAAGAUACCGUCAUGUGGAAUUCUAUUAUAACAGGUUAUGCUCAAAACGGUUUGGGAGAAGAAUCUGUUAAUUUUUUCAGAGAAAUGUGUUUGCAGGGAUUUGCGCCCGAUGUGGUUACUUUUGUGGGACUUCUGACUGCUUGCAGCUACACUGGAAAGGUGAAAGAAGCAGAAGAUAUAUUUGACUCCAUGAAGUCAGAGUACCAAGUAGAGCCAGAAACUGCACAUUAUGCUUGUAUGGUAGAUGUACUUGGUAGAGCUGGUCGCUUGACUGAAGCGAUGGGUUUGAUAGAAAAAAUGCCUGUGGUAGCCGAUGCAGUUAUAUGGGGUUCUUUGCUUAAUGCUUGUAAAAUGCACAUGAAUCUAGACCUGGCUGAAGUUGCAGCAAAAGAGCUUCUACUACUCGAGCCCCAAAAAUCAGGCUCUUAUGUCCUUCUCUCUAAUAUUUAUGCUACAAAGGGUAUGUGGGCCGAUGUUGCAAAAAUCCGAGAAGACAUGAGGUCCAGGAAGUUGAUUAAGUCACCUGCUUGCAGCUGGCUUGAGGUGGAGAAGAAGGUGCAUAUGUUCACCGGUGGAGAGAGCAAGCCCCACCCCGAACAUCAAAUGAUUACCAAAAUGUUGGAUAAAUUGGGUUCCAUGUUAAGAGAAGCUGGAUAUUGUCCGGAUGGUAGCUUUGUUCUUCAUGAUUUGGAAGAGGAGGAGAGGGCGCAGAGCUUGCGUUAUCACAGUGAGAGGUUGGCUGUGGCGUAUGGACUGCUUAAGCUGCCAGAAGGAGUGGCCAUAAGAGUUAUGAAAAAUCUUCGGGUUUGUGGGGAUUGCCAUUCUGCUAUAAAGCUAAUAGCUAAAGUCACAGGACGGGAGAUCAUUCUUAGAGAUGCCAAUAGAUUUCAUCACUUUAAAGAGGGCUCCUGUUCAUGCAGAGACUAUUGGUGACAUACAAAUGAACAUAAAAUUGCAUAAUGCCAGUGGACUGGAAAAAGGCACGGAUUGUCAAAUCAAUCUCCCAGUUAAACGAAGGGCAAGCCAUUUGUUAAAAUGGCCAAAGUUAACAGCGCGCAAUGAUAGAUUUUCUAUAUCGGAAAGACAAUAACUUUGAAGAUCAGGAAUUAGCUAUGGAGAUUGGAGAGAUCCAUUGCUGGGCAGGUUCUUGCUUAUUUGUACGAUAGACGUCAAGAAACUACAUGAAGUCUAGACUUUGCUUAUACUUCUAGAGUUGUAUUCUUAUUUGCUUUUCUCCUCAGCAGCUCAAAACUUUAAAUGAAAGAAAAGAGUAGAAGGAUUGAACGGUGUGCGUUUGCAAUGAGGUUCCUUGGACACGGCUGGCCGGAGUUGAUGAGCUGAUUUUUUCAUUUUUUUUCGACGGGAUUUGAUCCAGAGUCACUGGUCUUCCUGGAACUGGAAGUAUAACCCUCGAAAUCACCAAACACCACGUUUGCUAUCUUUGAUUUUAGAUGGCUACUCACAGUGUAGCUGUGAUAAUAAAAAACCCGUUGAACCCCGCAGAAUUUCUUCUGGUGAAACAGACCCCACCCCCCAAAUUCAAUGACUCAGAGUACGACUCCUUCAUCGACUCCGACCUCUGGGACUUGCCGUCCGCUAAGCUUCGUCCGCUGACAUCGCCGCCGGCGUCUAAGGCUGUCGUCCAUGUCGACGAUUGUGAGUUGGGCGAUUUCGGGUCCACUCAACUCGACCUCAGUUCAGCUCUUAUUCAGGUUUUGGGACAACUUGGAUUUGAUGAGGCUUCAGAGGUUAAGUGGACAUUUCACAAGUGUGUGGAAGAGCCAGAAUAUGGACCUGGAGUACCCACAAAAACGGUCUAUAUUAUUGGAACCUUGGUUCAUAAACAUGAAAACUCAACUGAGAUUUCUAAGUGGAUGAGCAUUGAAAUGUGCCUUAACAUGCUUAUAGACGUAAAGCCCAGUGAGGACCGUAUAGGACCAUUGGUUAAUGUUGGUCUUCUCAAUGCUGCAAGAGAAUCUGGAAACUGUAAAAUCUCUCAAACUUUGAAUUUUCAGGAAUACCUUCCUGGCCUUACACUUGUGCCAAUGGGGAGUAGAACAGCAAAACCUUUUCACACGACAAACUUAAUUGUGCUUGUACCCGAAAGGAAUCGCAAUGGAUGCGCUGAUGAUACCAUUGCUGUUCGCGGGGAAGCUUUGAUAGUAGACCCAGGCUGCAAGUCUGCUUUCUAUGAUGAGCUGAGGGAGAUUAUUUCUGUGCUGCCAAGAAAGUUAAUUGUCUUUGUAACCCAUCACCAUCAUGAUCACGUUGAUGGACUUUCGGUAGUCCAGGAAUGCAACCCCAAUGCUUCUCUUUUAGCACAUGAAAAUACUAUGCGCAGGAUAAAAAAAGGGGAUUGGUCUCUUGAUUUUAUUCCAGUAUCUGGAUCUGAGGAAAUUUGCAUUGGUGGUCACCGAUUGAGAAUCAUCUCAGCGCCGGGGCAUACUGAUGGGCACUUGGCACUUCUUCACGUGAGUUCAAACUCUUUGAUUGCGGGGGAUCAUUGUGUAGGGCAAGGAAGCUCAUUUUUAGAUAUUAAAUCAGGUGGAUCUAUGGCUGAUUACUUCCAGACAACUUAUAAAUUUAUGGAGCUUUCACCUCAUGCUUUGAUUCCCAUGCAUGGAAGAGUUAAUAUGUGGCCUAAACAUAUGCUCUGUGGAUACCUCAGAAACCGGAGAGAGAGGGAGUCAAUGAUCUUAAAAUCAAUGGAGAAUGGAGCCAAAACAUUGUUUGACAUAGUUGCGUAUACAUAUGUUCAUGUUGAUCCAAGUUUCUGGAUUCAUGCUUCAUCCAAUGUAAGGCUUCAUGUGGAUCAUCUAGCCCAGCACGAGAAGUUGCCUGAGCACUUCUCAAUUCACAAGUUUAGGAAGACUUGUGGAUUGCAUUUUAUAAUGCAAUGGUUGUGGGCAUAUGUAUGCAAUACAUUCUCAAUAAAGCUGCAGAUGCUGAGAAACCUCUUUCUAUAUGGUGCUGUUGUUGUCGUUGCUGGUCUGGCUAUGCUCUUCACUAUAAAAGAGGCACGAGUGAAGGAAUGAACUUUUUUUUUUUGUGAGUAGAUUGUACAAUGCUGUGUAAGGACUAGUUCCCCACGGUUAUGUUUCAUGUUGUAUGUACAAAUAUAGCCCCUACAUUUUGAGAUGUAUAAAUAUUAUUUGAGGAAAAUUACCUAUAAUUUAAUAAAAUUGCAGAAUAAAUUUGAUAGAAUAAUUAGUUAGUUUUUAACUAGUAACUCAUCUAUAAGUUGAGAAAAUAUUUCACUUUGAU